UUUUUUAAAUACAUGCAUAAUGAUUAGCCAUUCGCCCAUUAGUAGAUUAAGUGAUGACUGUUUAGAACUUAUAUUUCAAGCUUGUGAAGGUUGUCCUUGGACCUUACGUACAAUAUCAGAAGUUUGUCGUAAAUGGUAUGCCAUUGUACAGCGUCCAUCAGUUUUACGUGUACUACAACUCCAUAAUUCAACAAACUUUCAUGCUGCUUAUACCCGUCUUUUAACAUCAAAUUAUAAGAUUCCUUGGCUGAAGGCUGUAAGGAUAUUAAUAGUAUCAAAAUCAGCAGAAAGCAGGCAUGCUCAUUUAAGAUCAUUUCCUUUAAAAGUCUUUUCACAUAUCACUACUCUACAGACAUCAAAUCUUUGUUUAGCUGAAAUUAAGCAUUUAUUUCAACACAUCUUUCUCAGAGUAGAAUCUGGGCUCCGUUUUUUAAUAUGCAAAAAUAUAGAAACUUGGUGUGACACAGUACGCUUUGAUUUUGAAUUAAUUAAAAGACAUCCACAUUUACAACAAGUUCAGUUUAGUUUCAUGGAAGAUGGUCAUUCUGGUUUUGCUUCAAUUCAUAACACACUCUCUUUAUCGACCUCUAUGGGAACUAUUAAACCUGUUAUUCGAUCCUUUACUUUAGUUAAUAUUCGAGAUGCAGAAUACUUUGAACAACGUAAUUUGUUAGCUAUUAUGGAAGAAGUUGAAAAUGAUCAAGAAGAAAUUUAUGCAGAACAAGAUCUCGAACAACAUGAGGGUAAAAAAAAUUUAUUAAUGGAAGGCUGGCGUGAUUUAGAACAAUCACUUGUUCGAAAAUACAGCUUUUUUGCAAGCUUGAAUCAUUUAGAACAUCUUGAAUUUGGCUUUUGUUAUGCUUGGACACCAAAAAUCUGGAGAAAUAUAUUAGGAAAAAUAUUCUCUCAGAGUCCUCAAUUAAAGUCGCUUACUUUAUACGGUUGGGACCAGCUAGGGAAAUUAGAAAAAAUAGGUAGUAAAAGUUCAACUAUUCAGCCUACCCGAGUAGCUGCAGAAUCGGCUAUUGCAGAAUGUUUUGAGCUAUUGCCUAAUUUGAUUUCUUUAAAACUGAUUGACUUUAGUAUUGGUCCUGGAUUACUUAGAGCAGCUAAACAUAUAGCACAUUCACUUCGACAUCUUGACAUCGUAUUCGGAAAAAAUUUUCUUCGACAUAUAAAUGAGCCUGCAGGUGUUUGGUUAUUGUUAGGCCCUUUGAAAGAAUUUAUUACUUAUGCAUUCUCAAAAAAGUUACCCACAAUAGGUAGCAGCGAAGAAAAAACAAUUCGUAUUUAUUUACAUCCAAUUCUAUUUGAUGAAGUUGAAAGUGCUCCAUUUUUUUCGGAAUCACCUUUACUAAAAUCAAUACAAGAAAGUAUAAAUGAUCCAACUGUAAAAAUUGAAUUAAUAGAAAAUUAUCAUGCUUAAAAUAUAUAACCAUUGAGCACAAGCAGAAUAAAC